AUGGCGAUGCUAUCGCCGGUAGGACAGGAGCGAUUGUUAUUCUUAGGGCUGGGAAUUACAACUUGUGCUGUUUUGGCCUUUGUGCGUCAUCGCCUUGUUCAUUUUCGGGAAGCUGCCACAAUUCCACCUCCCGAGAGCAAAUCGCAUUUCAUCGACCAGAAGACUGAAGAUUCUUUAAACCUCAGUACAUUGGAGAAGUUGAUCAAGAAUCCAAACUACGGAAUUCAAGAGACUGCGUCGAUCAUUGUCUGCGAACGUGCUCUGCACAAUGAAUACGCCAUUAACAGCCUACUUCAUGAAAUUAGUCAACCAGAAUACGGCAAACGAGCGAUAGCAGUUCGAGCAUUUAUCUUGAUUGUGAACAAUUCGACUGUCAAACGCAUACACAAGCCCGAAACAUAUGAAGCAUUGGUCACAAGCUUGGAAUAUUCUGUUGAGGAUUACGUACACCAUGAAUACGACCCAGAUUGGGAUAACUGGCCCCUUCGCGACACAGCGGAAAAAAGCUGCCUCAUGAUUAUAUACGAAUUGAUUUACAAAUACGGUGUUCAGGAACUUCUAAACGCUGGGUUUAUAGAACGUUGGUUGGUGAAAGAGCCUUGGGGUGUAACCACAGAGGAACGUUCAAUUAAUUUUAUGGACUCACUCAACAAAGAGAAGAGCUUGAAUCGAGUGAUUGUGCCACUGUUUCAUGACGAAAGGGGCAGGAAAAUGUUAGAGGGAGCGAAACUUCUACCCGCAAGUCCUGAUUCAGCUGCAAGGCACCUUGCGAUGGAUGAGAUUGAGGAUCAAGACAUGGAGGAUUUCGAUAGCAAUUAUGCCGAGAGAAGGCCAAGGGAUCAGACUACGGCAGAAGAUUAUCUCAGAAGACGCCAUAGGGAGGCCAUGGUUCUGAACGAUGGCACAAGGCCCUUCGAAAGAGGCGACAUUUAUGAAAAUCAACAAAGACCUAGGGGGUCUAUGGAAUGA